ACAGUGGUUGUAUUACUGUAAAGGAACUUGGCUUGAUUCAACAAGAGAAGGAGCAGUUUCUCAAACUUUGUAAAUUUAUGGAUGUUGAAAGAAUCACCAAAAGCUACCUUCAAGGAAGCCAGGAAAACGUGGAUGUUGGCAACUUAGUUAAGAGAGUUAUCAAACAGCGAGAAACCGAAUUAGAUGCUUUUUCAUAUGCUACAUUAUGUGUCGGUGUGAUGGUGACUAUGUGUAGAGAAAUAUUCUAUGAUAGCAAUGGAAAAAAGUCACCAGCUGUGGAUACCAAACAAAUUGAGGAUGAUUUGGAAAUGAGAAAGGAGAAACUGCAGCUGAAAGACUUAUGUAAUCCAGCUGAAGUGCACAUGAUAAUGAUUUCAAUUUGUACUCCAGAAAUCACAUUCUACAAAUUCUCGGAUGACGUUUCUGCAAUGCUUCACGAAAUUCAAAGAAUUCAUUUAAGUGUAAUUUUUCAACACUUCUGGAAAAGAAGGGUCAAAAGGGUUGUACAACAGCGAGCAGAAAGCAACAAUCUCAUGACAUUAGAUGACGUCGAGAAGCAAAUCUGGCAACAGGUGAAGGAGGAGUGGCAGGAAUUUGGUGUCAAAUUGAUAACAGGUCUAAUCACAUUAAAUUCCAUUACCAACAACUUGCAAAUUGUCAAUGAUAAUGCUUUAGAGGAUAGUCUAAAAAUCUUCAGAAUUGGCAACUCUCCAGAUAAGUGGAUAAAGGAGCGUUCUGACCAAAUCCGUCUGUAUCGACAACUUAGUAGGUGUUUAGUAACUGCUGAAACUAUUCAAGAGAUUCAAACAACAUUUGAAUUGCAAGGAGACUUUAGCUCCAUAGAGCUCCUGUGUUCAACAAGCAAGAGGGAUUUCAAGAACAAAUGUCUAAUAGACUUAAAUACAGAUGUUGCCAAAGCCUGUCGAGAGUUGGAAAAUGUCACUAGGGAAGAAACCAAAAGUUUAAAAACUUUGAUGAAAUGUAAAAAACUGAUAUUGUGGAUCAAAAGAGAAAUCAAAAAUAUGCAGGAGCUGAAGGUGUUUGUGGAUCUUGCAAUGAUCCAAGCUGGUGAAAAUGACAUUGAAAUUAGUAGAGUCUCCUGCCUUUACCAAGCUGCUACAGGCUAUGCUGCCUUCAUUUUUGAUCUGAAUGAAGAAUUUGGCUACACUGAUCUAAUGACCAUCUGCAAACAUACAUGGAUAACUUUGAAAAAUGACCCAAUGCUAUCAGAGAAACUUGAGGAUACUAGUCGUCAUAUGGAAUGGUUGAAACACAUCAAAGACUCUUAUGGAUCCGCAGAAGUGGCUUCGUUACACCAAGUGAAGAGAAUUAAUGCUGGUGAGAUCUAUGAAAUUGGCAAAUUGAAAGAGAGUGAGGUAAAAUCCAGCAAAGAUACUUCCUUUGAGAGCCUUCCAACAGUUUUAUGCCGAUCACAAGAAGAGACAUAUAAAAAGGAAGUUGAAAAAUCUCAACAACUAUUACCAGAUAUGUCCCUAUCCAAGGCAUUACAGUUUAUGGAUAAGAAAGACCUUGAGUGUGCCAUAUGCCUCAGCAGGUUUCAACAACCAAAGACACUGAAAUGCAUGCACACAUAUUGUCUACAGUGUAUCCAGAAAUGGGUGGAAACUCAUGGAAAGAUGAAAUGCCCAACAUGUGGACAAAACCAUAAUCUAACAAAGGAAGAUUUAAAAAAGCUGGCUUCAAAUGAAAUGAUAAGUCACAUAUUAGAGUAUGUCAAGAAAACCGAGGAUCAAACACCAACAAAAUGUUCUGUUUGUGAAAACCAACCAGCAUACCAUUGCUCAACAUGUCAACUAUUCCUAUGUAGAGAUCAAUGUAUCAAACAUCACAAGACAAUACCUUCAACUAAGGAUCAUCCACUUUACAAACUAGACAUAAAGGAACAAGACGGCCAACCAACCAAUUGCCAAGUUCACUGCAACACUACACUGGAAUUUUACUGCUCCAAUUGCAACAAGUCAGCAUGUAAGAAAUGUGAACACAUCCUUCGCUGUUAUCAAAAACAACAUAAAGUGAUUCCAAUAUCAACUGCUGUAGAUAAAUUCAACAAAGAUGCCAAUGAAAUUGUUGAGUUAGCUCACAAAAUUGAAAAGACACUAACAGAAAAACUAGAAAUGUUAACUAAAGUUAGAUCAGAAUUUGAUUCCCAAUUGAAGUUAUGCAGAACAGCCAUAGAAAUCCAGGAAAAGAAACUUAUCAGGAAUGUUCAAGAGAAAACUAAAGAAUUAAUAUCAGACCUUGAAAGUAUGUACAAAAAUAAAGAAAAUGAUGAUAGUGAAAUUAAUGAUAUAGAUUUAAAGAUAAAUCAAGUCAAGAAUCUAAUAGUCUCAAUCAAUUCAAUAAUGAACAAACCAGAAGAAACAGAAACUCUUUUAACCCACAAGGCAACUAUAAAAGCUGUUGAAGACAAGGUCCUAGGAAAUGAUUUUGAACAAUCAUUUCAAAAGAGAAAUAUCACACCAAACUUCAUUCCAUCUAUGCAGAUGGAUCAGUUGAUGAAUACCGAGGGCAUUGGUAAAAUCACAGCUGUUGAUCAAGGUUGCAAAAAUGAUGCAAAGUCAGCAGAGAAUGAUGUACAGGUAUGCCAAUUUGAAGAAUCAUUAGCUGAGGUAGAAUAUCAGGCUAAAGUCGCAUCGCACUGGAUUUAA